GCGAAGCGGGCCUUGUUCAAUUCAAAGGUACAUACCGAUAGACCCGCAAAAAUUCCAUGGGAAGCUGAACAAGCAUAUCGAUAAUACAAACAAUCUCCCCUAUUCCAAAUGUCACGGGAAGUGAUGGGCCGAAAUUUUGGGAAUCCCAUAAUUACGCGCUCGUUUUGUUCACCUUUUUUCAUUCCUUGGGGUCACUCUUUAACUCGAGGGUGGCAUGCGCUGGGGGUAUUGUUCCGAGACUGCUCCCAACUCUCCUAACUAUCAACUUGUACCUGUGCCUUUAACGGUGUUUUCUCAACAUUUCUCGACGAGCCAAGUAUAAUCAGAACAUUCGACAGCAACCGCUCCCUUCAUAUAACACCCCUAUUCCUCGGACCAGAGAGCACCACCAUCCUCAGCAUUGAAACGAUUUGGAAAGUAUUGUUUGUUAGCUUUUGAAAAGAUCCUCAUUGAGCAACGUCCUAACCAACCAGACCUGUAUAAACUUUCAAGGUACCCGCAAACACAUACCCGGAACAGCCGCGACAUAACCUCUAUUCCAUUCCCUCUCGGACAACAAGGUCGCCCCCCAAACAAUGCUUGAGCCGCCACCAAUCUUUUCAUCUGCCCGUCACAUUCAUGACAUUCGAGAGAUUGAAGAUCUUGCUCGCCUGGUACUAGAUUUGUCGGUUCCUCUGGAUCCCAUCGUUUGUGAAGCAUUUGAGCGCCUUGUUGAGCUUGCUGGAUCGAGAGAUUUUUUACCGGCAGUGGCUUCCCUUCAUCACUAUCUGAAUCAUGUAAAAUGGACCAGAGAAGACAUUGGCAACUGCGGGUACAUUGCGCCGUGGGGGGCUAUUUGCCAAAUUGGCCUGAUCAACAUUUUGGAGUCAAAGACUACAGGGAGUAAAGGAUUGGUUGGAGGGAUGGUUGGCGCUCGUGCAGGCACUGGCAGCCGGUCACGAUACGACCCUACGUAUGAAUUUUCUCGUCACUAUCCUGCUUCAGCAACUUCAGCCGUGUCCGCACUGUCAUCCAUUAUACCACCAGAUCCGUUCAACAUUCCCGUGGAUACUCGGGAAAUACAAAAGAUGGGUUUAGCCCGAGCCGAGCCGAGUCCUUUGGACACUGAUGGAACGGCCAAUGGCCUGUAUCAAAGUCCUCAACUUGCCGGCGGCUACUUUCCUUUCUCGUUUGCCUCACCUUUUGCUGAUACUCUGCCGUCAACAUACCAACAUUUACCGUCUCAUUUCAACACUGGCGGCAAGGGAAUCAAGGGCACGGGCGUCUACAUCAAGUUUGUCUGUCCGGCCAAACCCGUUAGCCCAUCCCCAGACGAAGGAUCUACGGGGUCCAAUGCCAGUGCUCCGGCAGCGUCGUCGAGUCGUAAGGCGCAAAAAGAAAGUCACGCCACCAGCACAGUGCCAACGGUCAUGGACAUGCAGAUGAUUACCAAUUGGUAUGAGGCUGCUCGCGACGUUGGUAACUAUGGAGACGACGUUCAUAGAACCAACGGAUCCAGCUCUAGUGCACCGGUAUCGACACCUAGAAUGUCGUCUCACACCAACCGAAUGCGCCAUCCAUCGGCUCAAAUGCCGCCACCUCCCAUGCCCAGCUCAUUUCCGCCUUACCCCACCGUCUCUCCUCCAUCCCAUCGCGUCCGUAACAAGCGCCAGCACCCGUAUGUUCAUCCGCCAACAUCGAACCACUUUGGCACCACAACACCAUUCAGCGGUGGACCCUUUACAACGUCAUUUUCACCAUUUGGCACCUCGGCCCUUCCCUUCCAUCCCGCCCUAUAUCCUAGUGUCAACUACAGCCCAUACAUUCCACCCCACCAUUCCGCAGCCUACACACCCCGCACUCCCCUUCCGGAUCCCAUAGCAGAUGCAUCCAAGAUGACCAAGAGGAAACGCGGGGGAGACGCGAGCGGGAAACCAGCAGUCAAGGCAAAGCGGGUGAAACUGACGAUUGGGGAGGCACUCGUGGCGGGAGCGGCGGAAGCGGUCGAGUCCAGCACUAGUCAAAUUCAGGCAUGAAAGAAUAAAAUGGCUAUGGGUUGUUUCAUGUAAAUCCUUUUGUACAGUUUACUUUUGUGUGUGUGUGUUGGGUUGUUUUUCAAAUGAUUUUUUGUUCUAUUGCAAUAAAUGUUGGGAAUGUUCUG